GCAAGCAGCUAGUGGCGUCGGCUGGUUCCAGGCGAUUCGAGCUCCAGCUAGGAUGAUCGAGGUUGUUUGCAACGACCGUCUGGGGAAGAAGGUCCGCGUUAAAUGCAACACGGAUGAUACCAUCGGGGACCUUAAGAAGCUGAUUGCAGCCCAAACUGGCACCCGUUGGAACAAGAUUGUCCUGAAGAAGUGGUACACGAUUUUUAAGGACCACGUGUCUCUGGGGGACUAUGAAAUCCACAAUGGGAUGAACCUGGAGCUUUAUUACCAAUAGAUGAGAAUCCUCAUCUUCCUGCUGCCCCGCUCUCUUCUCCCAUCCUUAUCCCCCACACUAGGAUAGAUGCUUGUUUGUAAAAACUCACCUUAAUAAAGACUUAGAUGUUGAAAAAAAA